GGCGCAUGCGCGAAAUCGGGCUGCGUAGUCACGGUGCUGUGCCGUAUAUUCUGUCCUUCUGCUACUAGGGCUUAGGCCGUGCUGCUCCUUUGCCAGCUUCGUCAUGGCUGACCUGCGCUUGAGGCAGAUCAAGAUCAAGACCGGCGUCGUGAGGCGAUUGGCAAAAGAAAAAGUUAUGUAUGAAAAAGAAGCAAAACAGCAAGAGGAAAAGAUUGAAAAAAUGAAAGCUGAAGCAUGUGAUGAUUAUGGAAUUAAGAAGCAGAUUGAGAUCUUACAAGAGUCACGAAUGAUGAUUCCAGACUGCCAGCGCAGAUUAGAAGUUGCACACGCAGAUCUUACUCAACUACUAGAAAAUGAAAAAGAAUUGGAAGAAGCCGAAGAGUAUAAAGAAGCACGUUCCAUACUAGAAUCAGUGAAGCUGGAAGCCUAGAAGUUUUUCAGUACUCUCUUUAUAUGCAUUAGCACUGGGUCCAUUCCACACUUUCAUUUGACUAUGGCUCUAUUACUGUUGUUGGCUUGAUAAGGUUUAUGCAAACUGGCCUUUCUCAAGAUGCAUCAAAUAAAGGAUGUUCUGAAA